AUGGCUACAAUGGCUAACGAUGAGUUAAUAGAGAUAUUGUCUUGGUUACCUGCAAAAGCAAUCCACAAACUCAAAUCUUCUUCAAAACUCUUUUCACAGCUUCCAGAAACUCCAUACUUUGUAGCAAAACAAGCAGAAAACUCAUUGAAGAAAGAUCGUCCUUCAUGCUUCUUCAUUCAAAGAGAUGACAUUCUGAAUCACAACGACUGCGUCGAGUUGCAUCCUUUGCCGGAAGAGGAACUUUCUUCCGGCGUCCCUGAAAACAUGCUACAAUUCAUCGCAAGCUCGCGGCUCAAGAUUCUAAGCUCAAGCAACGGUUUACUCCUCUAUCUUCAUGGAACAGAAUUAUUUAUCAUCAAUCCACAGCGAGAGAAUCUUCAUAGUGUCUCCAUGACACUGGAAUGCGACUCUGAUGAUUACAGGUUGAUUCUUUUUGACAAUGAAGAUUGGAGUUCACAUUUUGAUUGCCAUGUUUAUAGUCAUAAACAAGGUGCUUGGAGCUUAAGGAAGAACCGUUUCUUUGCUGGAUCUAGGGAUUUGAAAUUUGACAUGCCUGUGAUUUGCAAUGGCGCCAUUCACUUCAUCUCGGAUUGCUACAGUUAUCUUGCUAAAGAUAGCACUCAUUUUAGGCCUUAUAUCAUGUCUUAUAAAAUCACGAAUGGCGAUGAAGAUGAACGUGUUGAAACCAAGUUGUUAAAGGUUCCUAAAGAAGCAAGAAGGGGCUCCCAUGAUGACAGUUACGAUAUGAAUAUUUUCAAGUGGGGAGCAGUUGCUGGCCAUCAAACUAUUUGCUUAGUGAGAUUGAGAAAGCGUGUGUUUACGGUUUGGAUUCUAGCAAACUAUGAAUCGAGUUCGUGGAGAAGGAUCAUGAAGGUGAGAGUGAAAAGAAUGGGUUUAGUGGAACAGAACCCUGAGAUCAGAGGCUUUACCAUUUUGAAUGGUGAUCUUGUUUUUGCUACGAACAAAAAGGUCUAUGCAUAUGUUUUAACUAGUGAGAAAUAUAUGGUGCUCUUGAAAAUUUGUGACCAUGGGUGUGACUCUACAUUUGUUGGUUUUGUUCCUAAUUCAGAUACUCUUCGUCCAUGUGGAAUUGGUGCAGUAACAGGGCAGUUAACUGUCAACUUGUGA